GUCGGUUCCGCAGCACUGAGGCCGAUUGGGCGACCAACACUCUCGUUCUCAAAAUGAAGUGUGGACAGACGUAUCGCGUACCUUUGAUAGGUACCACGGCGACACCACGCCCCGAUCCUCCUCCCCCGGAGCCUUCAGUGCCCACACCAUCUCCCUCUAUCACUGUCACCUCGCCUCAGCAGUUCGCUCACUUCAUUCGACAGGACGACGUCACCUUCUUUAUGGUGGACGUGACGGAUCUCUUACACUAUGAUCCACCCUGUCCCGACGCCGAGCUCAUCCCUCUGGAGCCAGAUCCUCCCUCUAUCUCCAUGACUCUCAUUUCUACUUCCGUCCCUCCGCCGCCCGUCGAGUCCACCCCGCCGUUGCGAGCCGACGCUGACGCUGAGGAACUCGCACGAUAUACGGCUGACCUGGAGCCCGCAGUUCGUGACCUCAUCCGAGAGUACCACGACGUUUUCCCAUCGUCGUUCUCGUACGCCGGCAUCCCACCGAUGCGUGACGUCGAGCACUCCAUUCAGCUCGUGCCUGACUAUCGUGUUCACCACCAGGCACCCUACAGACUCUCGAUCCCCGAGGCCACCGAACUCAAGCGUCAGCUUGAGGAGCUCCUGAGACCGAGUUUCAUUAAACCCAGCAACUCCCCGUGGGGUGCACCCGUCCUCUUUGCUCGCAAAGUGGAUGGAACUCUCCGUCUCUGCAUCGACUAUCGCGGUCUCAAUCGCUACACGGUUAAGAACAGCUACCCCGUGCCUCGUUCCGAUGAGCUGUUCGACCGCCUAGCAGGCAACCGCUUCUUUACGAAGAUUGAUCUUCGUAGCGGUUACCAUCUGAUCCGCGUCGCUGCAGCCGACCAGCCGAAGACCGCGUUCCGAUCACGAUUCGGCCACUAUGAGUUCAUGGUGAUGCCAUUCGACCUCACUAAUGCUCCCGCUACCUUUCAGAGGGUGAUGAAUGACAUCUUCAGGGACAUCCUGGAGCAGUACAUUCUCGUCUACCUCGACGAUAUCCUGGUCUACAGUUGUACCCUUGAGGAGCACCUCAGACAUCUCCGCGACGUCCUUGACCAAUUGCACAGACAUGGCUUCUACGCCAAGCUAAGCAAGUGCCGCUUUGCCCAGCAUAAAGUGGAUUUCUUAGGACACUACGUGUCUGACCAGGGUCUCCACAUGGACGACGCGAAGAUCACUGCUAUUGCGGAAGAGCUGUCAGAGUCAGACGGGCUCAGAGUGGCAGCCUCUCUUGAAAGUUGAAACCCUUUUUUCAAGAGCGGCUGCUCUUGAAAGA